AUGUCAACCUAUAAAUAUUCCACACUCUUCCCAAACUAUAUCAGAGCACUAGUCAUACACCCAGGCUCCAAGAAUUCUCCAAUCUCCUGCACAAUCCGUAAUAUCACUAUUCAAUCUAAAGAAAGACACAAGGCAAUAUCUUACGUUUGGGGCACUCCAAAUUUCACUCAGCACAUCACCCUCGAGUCUCAAGACCAUUUCAUAACACCAAGUCUCCGCAGAGCCUUGGAAGUGAUUCGCUCACAGACUGAGGAACAGAUCGUCUGGGCAGAUCAACUGUGCAUCAACCAGUCCGACACCCAAGAACGCUCAAGCCAAGUUGGAAUCAUGUCGUUGAUCUACGCAAAUGCUGAGAUGGUCUAUGUGAUUCUUGAGGGCAUGGAAGAGGGAAGCGGACAAGCGGCUGCAGACCUUGUGAAAAGAAUGAAAGUUGAAAUCGAACAAGAACUCAAGAAAUUCGGUUCCCUAAGCGAAAUCCCGCCACUGGAGCAGGGACAGCUUAAGAUAUACGAUACGCUUGACUGGCCUGCAUUGAAUACCAUGCUGUUGACUUCUUGGUUUUCCCGCGCAUGGGUAGUUCAGGAGGUGGGACUGGCGAGGAAAGCUAUUAUUGGAUAUGCGGGCAGUGAGAUCGAGUGGGACUCUUUGAUGUUGCUUUUGGAUUGGUUGAGUGAGACUGGAGGUCUUAUACGACGAAAAUAUCACCUCAAGGGAUGGACGGUGCACCGUAUCUGGGUGUCAUAUGUGUUGGAUUUCCAAGGUAUGGGGUCAAGUAGGUCAUGUAGAAUUGAUUGAAUUGUAAAGCAGUUAUUGUACAGAGUAUAUAUAUGAGAAUAGGGGUAAAAAGAGUGGAGUAGUAUCCCAAUGCGGAAACAGUGCAAAUAAUGAAAUACAUGUAUAAAUAAUGAAAUGAGUGGUUUCCACGGUUCAACAAUAUGACACGGAGGCGAGGAAGACGCGGAGGUUUUUCCCCCGAUAUUCUUUUACUGAUAUACUUAGUCACAGUGCGUGCACUUUCGGAGCUACCAAUCCGCGGGAUCAUGUAUAUGCCUUUUUGGGACAUCCAAGCUAUGCAGAGGUUGGAGGAGCUUUGAUUCAGCCAAAUUACGACUAGUCGGUGAGCAAAGUAUACAUCAAUUUCGCUAAACAGUGGCUCCAUAAAACCCAACAAGCCCAUUUAUUCGCUUGCGUUGAUCAUGAAUCUUUGCCUCGCGAUUUGGCGGCAAUGAAGUCACAGCAGGAACUUCCCUCGUGGUGUCCUCGCUGGGACUCUUUGAAAAAUGGCGGGUUCUGCCUCAACACUGUACCCGAAUAUACUUGGUAUAGAGCUGUCAAACAUUCGAAUCUUCAAUUUAGCGAACAUUCGGAGGACUUGGAGUCAAUAAAAGUGGGAGGAUUCGUCUUCGAUGCCAUUUCUCGGGGAUUCGAGUAUAUUGAAGAAAGCGGAUCCAUCGAAAAGCCAUCUCCCCAACUACGAAUGUUCCAUGUUUAUCUGAACCUUCUUACACAUAUUGAUAGAAGUCGCUUCGUUCAUGUCUAUGACGACCCCUUAGAAGCCUUGGCGUCAACAUGUAACGCUGGUUUCAUCCAUGACAAUCAUGGUAUUGAUUGCUUAGCCUACAUGAAUACACUGCCUGAGAAACACAUCCUACCCGCAGACCUACCCCAAUCCUCCGGAGACCCCAAAGAGUUCGAUGAACUCAGUGCAGAGACCACAAUUGCAAGAAGAAGAGUCUUCAUAACCACCAAGGGCUAUAUUGGCAUCGGACCUAAGGCACUUCUCAAAGGGGAUGUCUGUUGCAUUUUGUUUGGAGCGAGUGUUCCGUAUAUUCUUCGUCCCCUUGAGGAUGAUUCUUAUUUGUUGGUUGGGGAAUGUUAUGUUCAGGAUAUCAUGCUUCGAGAAGCAGUUGACAUGUACCGCGACGAACAGGAAUUCGAGGAGUGUGAGUUUUUACUUCGAUAA